GCUCUUCCCCCAUCCCUCGUACAAUGGCAGACCGUGGCAGAGGAGGCGGUGCAUCCCGCGGUCGUGGAGGUGGACGUGGUGGAGGACCUCCCCCGCCAGGAGGUGACAAGCCUCGUCGCGAGGCGAUCCUCGAUCUCUCGAAGUACGUGAACGAGAGGAUACGCGUCAAGUUUACUGGGGGACGCGAGGUCACCGGUCUCCUCAAGGGCUACGAUCAGCUAUUAAACCUCGUUCUGGACGAGGUCACCGAAGAUGUACUGCUCCCCGAACCCCACCAACGCAGCCUCGGCCUCGCCGUCCUCCGGGGACCCACAAUCACGCUCGUCAGCCCCGUCGACGGCUCAGAGCAAAUCGCAAACCCCUUCACCGCGCAGGAAUAGUCGACCGCACUACCUAUUCCUUGCGCUACGAAAGUAGUCGCGCGGCGCAUUAUGACAGUUGCAGAGUAAAGACACAGGGUAGAAUGACGCGACGGCAUGGAGCCAGCGAUCUUCAUGAAAAUGUACACUAGCAGCACGACCUCUUCAAUAAACCUUUGGCGUGCGCUCGGAUUCUACUAUGGCUUUGCCUGAUGCACGACUCCUCUUUAUGUACAUUUGGCAUCCUUGCUUGCCCGCAACUAACGC